CCCGAAUUUGGCCGUAAAAAUAUUAAUUUUUAUUUUUGGAAAGGAAUUAAUCACGUCAAUAAAAUGAACAUUUCAGAUUAGGCAUUCAGUAAAUAAUUUACCCGCUGAUCGUGACCAUUUAAAACGUUUGUUUUCAGAAAAACUAUGACAGAGAACGAAGACGCUACGGAAAACCCCAAAAAUGAACAAUUAGACGACGAAGAACUAGAAAAGCUAGCUGUAGAGGAACUUAUCAGGGAAUCAGUUCAGGGUGCAGCCAGAGCAGAAAUAGUGGGCCCCUCAGGUUGGAUUAAGGCAGCACCACAAAAAACCAAUAAGCGAUUUCUUGUAAAUACCUUGAGGAAUGCUGUAAGCAACAAUAAGUACCACAGCACACGUCACCACCGACAAGCCAAUAACAAAUCACCUAAAUACGAAAGAAAAUCAGAACCUACCAUUAAGAAGGACAGAUCCAAAAGAAAACAUUAA